UCUCCGUGGAGAAGCUGGCAGGAGAAGAGAUGCUAUUUUGGGCGGUGUGUCUAGAUUUGGCGCAAGUGGCCAAACCCCUGUCCCACUGACCUCUCCCCUGGAGGAGCAGGAGUAGCUCGUGGGGCGUCCUGAGUUGCUGAGAGGCGGGCUCUAGACUAGGACACAGGGACAACUAAGCCCCUGCUGGGGAUGUUACCAGAGCCUGGAAUACUCUGAGAAAGAAGACCAGGAACCUGCUGUAACGAGAAGUCCCCAAGGUGGACACUGAGAAGAAAUAAGCAACCUUGGCAGCAGACAAUGGAGACUUAAGCCACUUUUCCAUCUGAUCAGCCAUGGGUUGAAAGGCCAGUGGUCAGCAAGUGCACUUGAGUCUGAUUUCUGGGCUUGGCUGCAGCUUCAGGUCCCACCAGCACCAGCACCAGCACCACCACCACCACCACCAAAAGAUGCCGCCCAUGGUAUCAAAAGUGAAAGUCUUGCAGGAGAAGCUGAUCGUGCGAAUAUUCCUGGCUGAGUUCAUAAGCACAUACGUCAUGAUGAUGUUUGGCCUUGGUUCCGUGGCCCAUAUGACUUUAGCACCUGUUACUCAUGGAACCUUCCUCGGCGUCAACCUGGGUUUUGGUUUCGGAGUCACCAUGGGAGUGCACCUGGCAGGGAGCAUCUCUGGGGCCCACAUGAAUGCAGCUAUAACCUUCACCACCUGUGCGAUGGGCCGCAUGUCUUGGAAGAGGUUUCCUGUGUACGUGCUGGGUCAGUGCCUCGGGUCCUUUCUGGCCGCUGCCACCGUCUUCUGCCUCUUCUACGUGCACAUCAAGGAGCAUGCCGGUGGACAACUGUUGGUGACCGGUCCCCUCGCCACUGCUGGCAUUUUUGCCACCUAUCUUCCUAAGAACAUGACAUUGUGGAGGGGCUUCCUGGAUGAGGUAGUGGUGACGGCAAUGCUUCAGCUAUGUCUCUUGGCCAUCACGGACAAGAGGAACAGCCCAGCAGCGCAAGGGACAGAGCCUGAGGUGAUCGGCAUCCUUGUUGUCGUCAUUGGCGUGUCCCUGGGCAUGAACUCAGGUUAUGCCAUGAACCCAUCCCGGGACCUGCCUCCCCGCUUCUUCACCUUCCUUGCUGGCUGGGGAGCAGAGGUCUUCAGAGCUCAGAACUGGUGGUGGGUGCCAGUGGUAGCGCCACUCCUCGGUGCCUAUUUAGGAGCCCUCAUCUACAUAAUCUUCAUCAGCUCCUGCGUCCCAAGGGAGCCCAAGACAGGAACCUCCAAGGUGUCUGGAGACAGGACAUCUGUGUUGCCCAAGACCACAGCUCAAUCAGCCAUGACCUCUUCCCGCACUCCUGUCUCUGUGUACCCCGAAAACAGACCUAUCGCCCUGGCUUCAACAUCCAUUAGUGACCCCAUCCACCUGGAGCCCUUCUAAGUAAUAUUAUUUGUGAUCCCAUCCCUCCACCCCAAUAAAGAAAGCCUGUCCCACUGUGGCACCCCUGCCUCUUGGGUGUCUCCAGUGGUUGGGUUCCCUCCUGAGUUUUGUGGGAACUGCAGGUUUAUGCUGCAGAUCGUGAAACUAGAAGAUAGAACUGAGAGGUCUCCAGCUCGUUUUGGCUCUGGGAGGUGGGAUACCCCUGGAAGACAAGGAGGAAGAGCAGACCUGCGGUCUCAGGAGGAAUCAGGUGAUAUCAAGGGAUGCCAGACACCAAAUGAUGGGCUUUCUGGCAAGGGUAGGGAGGCGAUGGCCUGGGGAAAGGAGAGCAAUUGGCAGAUGGGGGUCAGCUCUGGGGAUGCCUGGGGCUGCCCUGGCAGCCUUAAGGGAGGCAAGUCUCAAAAGUGUAGAUCAGUUUCUCAACCUUCUUUCAUGAUUGCCUCCCGCAGGAGCCUCGUAGACAAUUUUUUCUUAGUCACAUGACAUUUGAAUGCCAAAGACACAUCUGUCUGUUACACUGCUAUAUACGCACUUUUAAAAUAUACUUUAUACA